AUGCAUCCUUUCAGUGCUUUUUUAUUGGUCAUUUGCGCCGUUUUCACAAUUCAAGCUUGUUUCUCACAAGGACCACCAGGACCACCAGGACAAAAUGGGCCGAAUGGGGAAAAAGGAGACCGAGGACCAGUAGGACCACCAGGACCUCGCGGGCGACCGGGACGGACCGGACCGGCUGGACCGAACGGACCAAAAGGAGAGCGUGGAAACCAAGGACGACAAGGACCAGAAGGUGAGAAAGGAGACAGAGGACCACAAGGACCAAGGGGAGCACCAUAA